AGGGAUGGACGCGCGGAGCGACUCGGUGAGCAUGAGCGUAUAUGCUACGCCUCGGGAUCGGGUCCGAAUGUGUCCAAGCUGGGAAUCCAGUCUGGAUUGUCCCUGGCUCCCGAGUUCCGCUGCUGUUGAGAAGCGUACAAUAUGAUGAGCCUCAGGCAGUCCAGCCCCGCACAAUAGGUGUCCCCGGCGGUUACUGUGAUGACAACCGAAGAGAUUCGAGAGAUGAUGGAAACAUUUAUACUUGAAUAGGUAACAAGGUGAAGCAUUAGGCCUCCUUAGCUGGCGAAAACAUGGGGCCGCUAUGGAUAUUCAUGAAAUGAUGCUUAUGACGAUGAUGACGAUGACUGACAUGUUGCAGGGAACAUAAGAACAAUGUUACGGAGUCAUGUAUCAAUCUGUGGAAGGGAACUAACCAUGGGGUAUCCUUAACGCCUGCCGCUGGUGCAACGGAAUCUGCUU